AUGACUAAAUCAAAGGAAGUUUUAUCAUUGUACAAGGGACUCUUAGAAAAGGCUCUCAAAUUCGACAACUAUAACUUUAGGGAGUUUGCGAAGCGUAGAGUUGUUGACAGCUUCAAAGCUAAUAAAUCGGUCAGUGACCCAGAGAAAAUAACUCUGCUCUACAACGAAGGAAUCAAUAAUUUGGCAGUGUUACAUAGGCAGACAACUAUUUCCCAGAUGUAUACAUUUGAUAAAUUAGUUGUCGAGCCUUUGAAGAAGCAUCAUUAA